UCUACCGUAAGCUGACACUCUUUGCGCUAGAGGCCUCGAAAAUACAACGAACCUUGGUGUGCAAUUUCAGUCAAAGUAGACGGAAAGAGUUAUUUAUCACCUUUGUUCCUUCGUUGUUAACAAGAGUCUGGAAGCAUAGAAACUCGUCUAUAAAUAAUCGGCAUACUUGAAGAACAUCAUUAAGUUCUGUGGACAAUGACAGAGAUUGCAGCAGGGGGCAGGUUUUAUGCUUUUGCGUGCCCGACCAAAAGGAUGCUGGUGCUGAUCCUAGCCCUGGCGGUGGGGACAACGAAUUUAGUUGCAUACCCUACAGGGGAAGGAGGAGAAGGGGUGUUAGCAUACGAGGAUUUGAAGAAUGCUGCUUUUGGUCGGUUCACCCAAGGCGACACUGCCAACUUAUUAUCUGGUCUCGAAAAUAUGGAAAACAAAUUGGACUUCGAUGGAGGCAUUAAGCAGAUUCCAGAAAUGAAAUCUAAAGUACCAAACGGCCCUGACGUACCUAGGAAGCGGCAGGAUGGAGGUUUUCCUAUGUGCAUAUGGAAGAUGUGCCCUCAAGCACCUUGGACGAACCGCGGACGACGAUAAACAGUGACCAGUUUUAUCAGCUAAAAUGCCAUGAAAAUGCCAUUGUUUUUUAUCUUCGCCAACCAAACAGAAAAGAAAAAACUGAAAAGUUGUCAUGACUGACGCUAGUUUGACUAGGUCUUGGAAACCUGGGCCGCCUUUGCUGUCAUGUAGCCUAACAGGAUACAGAAGAAAUAACUUAUCGCUCCUUUCUUUCACUGGGCAUCCGAAGGUGUUUCAUAUCUUGCGGUAACUUUUUGCUGAGAAUAAAACCUCAAUUUUGUUUACUCUUCUUUCCAGAGUAUCAUGCGAAAUUUGUAGCAAGGGUAUUGCCUUACUGGUUCAUAUUUUGGUCAUCAUUAAUAUUUUUGGCGAGUAUUUUGUGAUCAAAUUGCUUAGGCAUCACUGAACUUUUCAGUAUUAAAAGCGCCAUUCAUAAUAGGGGACUAAGUAGUGUAAGGGUCCAAUAUGGCCGACCCACCUUAAUCUGCUCCACGGGGAAUCUGUUCAGUGCCUAUUAGCGGAUAA